CAGUCGCCGACCUAUUAACUAAUAGCCUGCCCAAAUUCUUCUUCCUUAAAUUCUUCCUUCCCGGCUUAGAUUUCUCCGACUCUUCUGCCCAUUUUUCACUCCUUUGUAUACUUCCAUACCCUGUAAUCCCUUUGUUUUAAUACAAAAACCUCAACCAAACUCCCAUUUGGUGGAAAAAAAAUAGUAAUAAACAGCCUUCAAAAUCUAUUCUUGCUGAAAAGAUACCUGAAAAUCCGAGGCUUUUCUUUCUAAUUUUCUGCCAGAAUUUAUAGAUUCUGUUGAAGUUCAAUACGAAAACCCGUACCAAACUCCCAAUUGGUGGAAAAAGCAAUACACAGCCGUCGAAAUCCUGAAUUGGAUCCUUGCAGAAAAGGGAAGCGGGUUCUAGAAAGAUGGAUGAUAUGAAGGAUAAAGUCAAGGGGUUCAUGAAGAAAGUCAACAAUCCAUUUACUUCUUCCUCUUCAGGUAAGUUCAAGGGCCAGGGUAGAACCUUGGGCUCUUCUGCACCAUCAUCUUCCGCACCCACAAGUUCCAUUCCUUCAAGAAUUAUUCCACCACCAGUUAUUGAUUCCACUAAAAGCAAGAUUUCAUCAAGUUCAUCAAAUUCUAGACCUAACGUGAAUGGUAGUAGCAAUCUCUCUGAUAAGAAAAUUGAGAACAAAAAGAGUGAAAUAAAGACUCAUACGAAUGAGAAUGGGAAGGUGAGAAAUGGGUUUGAUCCAUUUGAUUCAUUGAUUACGUCUACGAAGAGAAAUCCAAAUGGUUAUGAGUUAAAUGUGGUUGAAUGUCCUGUUUGUGGUAAAGGGUAUGGUUCUGAAGAGGAGGUGGCUGGCCAUAUUGAAAAUUGUUUGAAAGCUUCCGAGGUGAAAAGUGAAUGUUUGGGGAAGGAAUUUGAUGAUGGUGAUGGCAGGGAGGAGGCAAAAGGUGAGUUGGAGGUUUGUGUUGGUGCAUAUGUUUCUGGGAAGCCGUCUGAGGGAUCAAUGGAUGUGGUACUUAAGCUUUUGAAGAAUGUAGUUAGGGAGCCAGAAAAUGGAAAGUUUAGGAAGAUUAGGAUGGGGAAUCCUAAGAUAAAAGAGGCGAUAGGUGAUGUUGUGGGAGCUGUGGAAUUGUUGGAAUGUGUGGGGUUUAAGUUGAAUGAAGAUGGUGAGGAAAUGUGGGCUGUGAUGGAUGUUCCAUCUAAGGAGCAGCUUGGUUUAAUCCAGGGUGCAAUUUCUUUACUGGAGCCGCAAAAAGUUGAAGAAUCACCGUCUACAGCUCCAGCUAAGGUGGAUGAGCCAGACGAGCCAAAGGAGAUUGACAGACAGAUUCGGGUUUUCUUUUCCGUUCCAGAAAGCACAGCAGCAAAAAUUGAACUGCCUGAUUCUUUCUAUAACCUUUCUCGGGAAGAACUGAAGAGAGAGGCGGAUAUGAGAAAAAAGAAGAUUGGAGAAUCCCAGCUGUUAAUUCCUAGAUCAUAUAUGGAAAAGCAGGCAAAAGCUGCCAGAAAGAGAUUCACGAAAACUGUUAUCAGAGUGCAGUUUCCUGAUGGAGUGGUGCUUCAAGGCAUCUUUUUACCUUCAGAGCCAACUACUGCUCUAUAUGAGUUUGUCAGCUCAGCGCUCAAGGAACAAAGCUUGGAGUUUGAACUAUUAGAUCCAGUGCUUGUAAAACGGCGGGUGAUCCCACGUUUUCCUGCAGCAGGACAGAGAGCAAUAACACUUGAAGUUGAGGAACUGGUUCCUUCAGCUCUAAUCAAAUUUAGACCUAUUGAAACAGAUUCAGUUGUUUUCACUGGUCUACGCAACGAACUCCUGGAGGUCAGUGAACCCCUUGUUCCUGGUUCAGCCGUUGCGUCAUGAUGAAUUUCAGUAUUCCAUUUCAGAACCCCAUUUCAGUUUUCCCAACCUGAAGCAAACAUAUUGAAGAAUUUUCAGCAUCUCAUAAUUCUUUACAUCGUCCAUUCUGCUGUUGUCCCAAGGUUGUGGAGUCAUAUAUCAAUAUAUUUCUUCCUUCCGAAUGUUGUGUGCAACCUUUUGCUUUUUAGUCAUUUUCAGCAGAUACAGACAUUGUCGGGUGCCAGAAUACAUGUUUGUAAAGUUGGAACUUGUCAAAGCAAGAGAAUUUUGGAUAGAUAUCAGGUUCUUUUAGCACU